AUGUCAGCCAUCACAAUUCAGCCGCCACUUUCGCGACGUGGCCACGGCCCGGGCCUCCUCAUCUUGGUUGAGCAAGGAAUUGACCUGUCCAAGCAUGACAAGAUUCUAGAUCCCCCUCCAGCGCAGAAAUGGGCUGAAGAAGGAUACGCUGUGGCGCAGAUCGUCGUUGCAACUGGAGACAGUGAAGUUACGAACAAGAUUGAGUCCGCAAUCGAGAGCCUCAAGGCUCUUGAAAGCUGUGACGAUAAGGACAGAUUUGGCGUCAUCGCUUGUCUCACGGCUUCGUCCACCCAAGUUGUGGAAGCGAUUCAAAAUAAUGCUGAGAUCAAGGCCGCUGUCUUUUUCAACUUCUCGCAAACUCUCACCAUUCCGACUUUGUCGCAUGUUUCAGGGCCCGAUAACAUCAGCAGCAAGGCAGCGCCUCCGUCCAAGACGUUUUCCUACGCUGCGAAUGACUUUUUUGUGAUACCGAGCCAUCGUCACUUUAACGCCAACGCCGCCGGGCUCGCCCACACCCGCACACUGACCUUCUUGAAACCCAUCUUGGGAGGGCCUUACUUCGACCUCGAAGCCGUUUGGGAAGAGCACACGCUCUUUGAAUUCGGGGAGCGAAACGUCGAAAAGACUAUGGCCACAAUGGUCGAGCAGCCUUAUGUCAACCAUAUUCCUACACUCACUGGCGGUAUUGGUCGAGCGCGGCUCACCAAUUUUUACACAAACCACUUCGUUUUCAAUAACCCGGAAGACACUGAGCUCGAACUGGUGAGCCGUACAGUAGGCAUUGAUCGAGUAAUCGACGAGUUCGUAUUCAAGUGUACCCAUGAUAAGGUCAUUGACUGGCUACUUCCUGGUGUCCCUCCCACGGGCAAGCAUCUUUCAAUUCCCUUUACAAGUGUUGUGAACGUCCGUGGAGACCAUCUCCACCACGAACACAUUGCUUGGGACCAGGCGACCGCAUUGCGCCAGCUGGGUUUACUCCCCGAGUACCUCCCCUUCCCGUACCAAAUCAACGGCAGCGGCCCGGCCAGCGGUAAAAAGUUCGAGUAUCGGUUGCCAGUGGCAGGUGUGGAAUCGGCACACAAGCUUGUGGAUGAGGGAGCGGUCGAGUCGAAUGGGAUGUUCGAAUACGGUACGAGGGAAGUCGACGCGUAG